CUCCACAUGAUGUUCUCCAGGGCGGGGUGGCUGACUUUGCCCCCUUUUCUCCUCCUGCUCAUCUUUGGACCCAAUAAACACACUGGGCUGUCCCCAGCAGACCCAACGGUGAACCCGCUGUUCUGUUUUAAUGUGAAGAAGAGCAUCAUCGGGAAGCUGAAUCUCGGAACCCCGCGUUUGCAACAAAAGGAUGAGAAUCCCUCCAUCCGUCCAUUUCCCGAGCCGCUUCACCUCAACACGGGUCGCGGGCGUGCCCGAGUCCAUCCCGGCGACCAUCGGGCAGGAGGCGGGGUACACCCUGAACAUCCAAGCAAACAACCAUUCGCACUCACAGUCACACCUACGGACAUGAAGAAGUCAGAGACGUCAGCCUUCUCUCUGGAGGCCGACGACAGGACAGAGGCCGGGAAACGACGCGUGGCGCCGAAACGAGAUGUUCUAGGCUCUGUUUUAUGUGUGGGCCACGAGGCGCCCAAAGCCCCCAUGGACACAGACUACCAGGAGGAAAUGGAAGAGACCAAACCUCAAAUACGAUUUAACCUCAACUUUGACAAGGGCAUCCGAGGUGUGAAUCAGGACAACUCCAAGCGAGACGGUCAGACGUUUGACAUCGGCAGACUGUUCGAAGCUGCGGCCAGUGGAGAUGUCACCAGGUUGGAAGGCCUGCCCCAGUAUCUGCACCAAAACAUGAAGAAACUCACCGACUCGCUGUAUCAGUCGUACGGUAAAACUGCCCUGAUGAAGGCCCUGCUGCACCUCAGAGACGGCAAGAACCCCGCUGUUGAUUUUUUAGUAGACAUCUCACAGAGGAUGGGCGACAUUAAAGAGUUUGUCAAUGCAGCUUACACCGACAGUGACUAUAAAGGGCAGACGGCACUGCACAUAGCCAUCGAGCGGAGGAGUCUGCGCUAUGUCGAGCUUCUGCUCAGCAAAGGAGCGGACGUCCACGCUAAAGCCUCUGGGAAAUUCUUCCAGCCUCGUGACGGCCCCAGCUUCUACUUUGGCGAGCUACCGUUGUCCCUGGCAGCAUGCACCAACCAGCCCGACGUGGCGGAGUUCCUCAUGGACAACGAGCACCACCGGGCCUGCACGGAUGCGGCCGACUCUCGGGGCAACACGGUGCUGCACGCCUUGGUGGGGGUGGCUGACAACACCAAGGAGAACACCGACUUAUUCAUCACCAGCAUGUACGACCGCAUCCUGACCACCACGGCGCGGCUGAGACCCAAACUCAACUUGGAGGAGAUCGAAAACAACAAUGGCUUGACCCCUCUCAAACUGGCUGCUAAGACUGGAAAAAGCGGGCUUUUCGCACACAUCCUGAAGCGGGAGUUUCAGGAGAGCCACACCAAACAUCUGUCUCGUAAAUUCACAGAGUGGGUUUACGGUCCGGUCCAGAGCUCCUUGUACGACCUGGCCUCGGUGGACUCCGUGGACGACAAGUCGGUCCUGGAGAUACUGGUCUACGGCAGCGACAUCCCUAACCGCCACGAGAUGCUCCAGACGGAACCUCUGCGCCAACUGCUGGAGGACAAGUGGAAAAGGUUUGCAGGCCGAAUGUUUUGUCUCAACUUCCUGGUCUACUUCGCGUACCUGCUCAUCUUCACCGCAGUGGCCUACAACAAGAAGGAUGGAAAGACACCAUUCCCUCUGGAGCACAGCUCUACAGGUUACCUGUAUAUUUCAGGGCAGCUCUUGAUAACACUGGCAAACUUCUAUUUCUUUCUCAUGGGGUUAUUAGAUAUGAAGCGGAAACGACCAAAGCUGCAGACCUUGCUGAUUGAUGGAUAUUACGACAUCCUUUUCUUUGUGCAGGCCGUCCUCUUCCUGGCCGCAGCCGGCCUCUACGUCUGUGGGAGGCAAGAGUACCUGGGCUUCCUGGUGCUGUGUCUUGCUCUCAGCUGGGUCAACCUGCUCUACUUUGCCAGGGGCAGCAAGCACAUGGGCAUCUACAGCGUCAUGAUACAGAAGAUGAUCCUCAGCGAUAUCCUGCGCUUCCUGUUUGUCUAUGUCGUCUUCCUCUUUGGGUUCUCCGCAGCGGUGGUCACACUGCUCACUGAGCCCACGGUGAAAAACACCACUGCUCAGAGGGGCCGCCUCUUCGGACCACUUUACCCCGACGCGGAAUGCAUCAAGCCCACCUUCCGAAACAUCUCCUACACCACGCUGCAGCUCUUCAAGUUUACCAUCGGCAUGGGUGACAUGGAGUUCACCGAGCACUACCAGUACAAGGAAGUCUUCUACGUGCUGCUCAUCGUCUACAUCAUCCUCACCUACAUCCUGCUUCUGAACAUGCUCAUCGCCCUCAUGAACCGCACCGUGGAGAAGAUCACCAAGGAGAGCGCUAGCAUCUGGAAGCUACAGAGGGCCAUCACCAUCCUGGACAUGGAGAAAAGGCUGCCACUCUGUGCGAGGAAGAGGCUUCGCUGCGGGGUGGACAAAAAUCUGGGCACGCCCUCUGAACAAGACCGCCGCCGCUGUUUCAGAGCGGAGGAAGUCAACUGGAACAAAUGGAACAUCCACCUGGGUAAAAUCAAUGAGGAGCCCGGCUACUGGGAUCGAACGCGACGGCCGACGUCAGACAAGCCGCCGAUUCGGACAAACAGAGGGAGGAGCUGGAGAGGCUUAUUUCUCGAGCACAGAAGAGGACCACAGGCCACCGAGAUGAGCAACUUCCCAGUGUGAGCACACUGGGAAUGGAGCCAUUAACAAAUGCAACUGGAUCUUUAAAGGCAAUAUUUGUUCAAUAACAAGUUUUAGUUUGCAUGCAACAACGCACGUUGUUAGUGGAAAAAAAUGAAUAAUUGUAUAAGCCGUGUUCGGGUAGCAUCAGAAUGGCCAUUAAGCAAGAGUGAUCACAAAGGUCCUGAUCCUGCCAUCUUGCUGUGCGUUUCGUCACAAACAGACAAGCUUCAUUGAGCACCCGCUCGCUUCGACUUCCCCUCUCGAUUUGGAGGCGGCGGGCCUGGGCCAAUGGCGUGAGAGUGCGCUUACAAUUAGUGUGACAAACAUCACAUUCGGUGCUACCGCCUAUAACACCUGCGUAUUUUUAGUCAUGCCGUGCCAUUGUUUUCUCGUUUGUAAAUGAUGCACCGUGAAUCCAAACAAUGGCUCAGACACAUACGAAAGCAUAAAUUAGAAUUUUAUUUUAUUAUUACAAUAUUACAAAAAGAGUAGCACAACUCUCACGCGCUUGCUUCUGAUCCGUCUUGAAAGAUGACCUUCUUCCUUUUCACAGCAAUUGAACAGGAGGGGGGAAAAAACAUAAAUAAGCAAAUCAAGUAUUAUAAAUAGUCACAACUGCAAAACUGAAGCUUUGAAAGUUGGGGAAAAAAAAUGUUACAGCUCAGUAACUACACACUGCUAAAAUAUAUUGUAUAAUUAACAUAUCACUCCUUUUCUUGCUUCCCAUAACAAAUCUCUACGGAAUUGCUCUGUCUAGUCAAUACAAUUUAAUUAAAAUAAAAAGACCAGGGUAAAAAAACAAAACAAAACCCUGUGUUUGUUGUCUUCUUACCACAGUCUUCCUUAUCCUUAUUAUUUGGGGGUUUCAUGAAAACCAUGCUCGAGGAAAGUCCGAGGACCAAACAAUUAAGGCUUUUUAGGGGUUGGUAGGUGAACAAAACAUGGGUGUCAUCAUGACCACACAAAUAAACACAUUCACACGCGCGCACACACACACACACAUUCAUUGAAGUUUAAAUGUUACAGUAGUCUAGUAGGUAAGCCAGUGUACAAUAAAAUAAACAAUGCGUUUGCUGUUCAAUGUAAAAA